AUCAAUGAGACUUCUCGAUCUCACUUCCACACAUGUGACGCAAAAAGUCUGUUUGUGGCCUUUGUUGCUCCUCCAGUCAAGAGGCAUUGAUCAGCAAACAAAAUGCCAGCAAUAAGAUCAAUUUUUCCGUCUCGUGACUCAUCACCUUCUCUAUUGCUUCUCUCUCUCUCACUCCGCCUUGUCUCGGAUUGUGAACUUUCAAUUAGUGGACAUCGCAUUUUAAUUAUCUCCACGUUAAUUUGUCCAUUUCAGCCGAUGAUCGCGCGCAAAAACACAAAUAAGCGAGUGCUUCUGAUCAGUUUCCUCGGUGCUUGUUGAGGCAGAACACGCGAAGAAAAGCAACGCGCUUUGGAUGGUGUAGAUCAAUAUUCAUUACACACCGUGACGAAUUCGAGCAGAAUACUAAUUUCACCAGCCAAGUGGCAUAGGUCACAUUCCGAGGGUCUUUUUAGUGAUUGAUCAGUCGUCGUGCGCGGUGAAAUGUCUGGAAAAACACACUGCUUUCCGUGUCUCAUUGGGAUCUUUCUCUUGGCGCACGCACACGCCCUGCUCAGCAUUGACGAGAGUGGUGGCGAGCAAGCUGCGCGGGCUUUUCUGGCGGCCAACAAGACGGUUCUGGCCACAGCCGUUGGUCAGGCAGAGGAUCACUUCCAGAAGCUGAAGCGGUUGGAGGCAACGCUAGCCACGCGCGCCAGAGUCCAGAAUGGCAGCAUUUCGGACGCCCAAUUGCUGGACGGAUUGCCGACUGAUCAGGCGAAAGAGUAUGAUCGCGUGGCGCAGAUCGUGCUCAAGACCAGCUCGAAUCUUCUGCACACAGUCUGCCGGCCGCACAAUGUGGCGGACAAGGAUUGCGCCAAGCAUCUCGCCCACCUGGACGUGCCUCCGUCGGAGGUGAAGGAUCAGUGUCUGCACAUGAGCUACCUUAACUCGGCCAAAGGUAGCGGCUAUCACGCCUACAGGCGUCUUCUGCCCGCCGACUACAAGGAUGGCCUGUACAAAAUCCGCACCAGGACGGAUGGAUCGCCACUGCCGCUGCCCAGAGUUGUUUCCAGCGCCGCUUACGACAACGCCAUGGAUCACCUGAACACGAUCCGGAGCUCUCAUCAGGAGUCCAGCGAGGGCGCCCUCGACGCCCAGCGCAGCGUGAUGCUGAGUCAGUGGUCGCAGUUUCUGGAGCAAGACCUCGUGAAGACGGUGCCGCGAUCGAUGGGCAACGGGCGGCCCAUUGAGUGCUGCAGCACGACCUUCAGCCAGGCGGCGCCGCGGUACAGACAUCCCGCGUGCGCGCCCCUCGCCGUCCCCGACUCAGACGCCUUCUAUCGCCGCUUCUUCGUCAAGUGUCUCAACUACGUGCGCAGCGCCCUGGCCGUGGAUCCGCAGUGCAAAUUGGGCGCCCCAAAUCAGCUGAAUCAGGCCACGAAUCUGCUGGAUUUGUCCCAAUUGUACGGCAUGAAUGAUGAGGAGACGCGCACCCUGAGAGCAUUCCGCGGCGGAAAGCUUCAAGUCUCGUCGGAUGGGGCCAAUACGAUUCCAAUUCAGCAGCACAGUUCGCUUUGUCUUCAGCCUAAUGAAACCUGUUACCUCUCAGGUGAUCCUCGUGCCAACGCCAAUCCAUACAUGGUCCUGCAAUAUUCAAUCUUUAUGCGGUCACAUAACAACAUUGCGGAGAAAUUGCGCAGUAUUAAUCCAUCGUGGAAUGACGAGAGGCUCUUCAAGUUUGCCAGGAAAAUCAAUACGGCGCUGUAUCAGAAGAUCAUCUAUGAGGAGUGGGCGCCCGAAGUGUUGGGCGCCGAUGCGGCGCAGAAGAUCAGCGACACUCCCGUUGAGGUGGAUCGUCAGAGGCGAGAUUUUGGCGUGAGCAAUGAGUUCGCCACUGUCGCCAUUCGCUUCUACAACUCCAUGACGCCCGGCGAUCUCUUUAAUUCGGCCAUUCUGGUUGACUCGGUGAGAUACAAUCUCUUCCAGCUGAAGGACACCUUCUACCGGCCGGCCAAUUUCACCUCGACUGACUUCUUUGCCAAAGUCCUCGUGGCCAGUCUCACGCAGCGCGCCAUGGCAAUGGACACGGGCUAUGUGGAUGACUUGGGGAUGCAGCUCUUCCGCGCCACCAGUGCUCACGUGGGAACAUUCGGCACGGACUCUCUGGCGCUGGACAUUGCGCGGAGUCGCGAUCACGGUCUGCCAGGCUACAUUCACUACGUGAAGCUAUGCCAGGGAAAGAACGUCAACAGCUGGAAUGAACUGAAAGACAUCAUCUCACCGCAAGAUUUGGCUCUCUUCAAGAACAUCUACGGCUCUGUUGCCAACAUCGAUCUUAUAAUGGGAGCAUUUGCUGAACAUCCUGUCGCAGGAGCAACAGUUGGACCCACACUUUCGUGCAUUCUAGGGGAGCAGCUCAGCAACUCCAGACAGACGGCAAGGAGCUUUUACGACAACAACUUCAAGUUGAGACACACCGUGAGUGACUACACUGCAGCGCAUCUGCUCUGCGACACGACUGACCUGCAAGUGAUCCAGGAGAAUGUCUUCAGAGUGCCUUCGGAGGAGAAUCCGCUGCAGCGCUGCGAGUCGCUGAAGGGAAGGCUCCACAUGAAUGUGUGGAAACCCUCGUCGUAAUUAAUCAGUUGGGAGGGAAAUUUGAUGGGCCACGAAAAUGUACAAAGACGAUCGGCACAAGAGUGCCUCAGAGCGACGACCAACCUUUCCCUGAUGGAGGGAACAUCCUACAUUAAUCAGUGCUUCUGCAAGACACCUUCUCUUUCAAGGUCUCUCUCUUGCUAAUGCCGCAUAAGGCGAAUGGGACACAAAGGCUAGAAAAAAAACACCAACAAGAUGUUAUGAGAUAUGUAGCAAGGAGUUUGUUUUAACCCAGAAAUUAAAUUCUCAGAGAUUUA